AUAAAAAAAAAUAAAAAAAUCGAUCGGGAUGAAAUUUGGGGAAACGUUUACGGAGUAUUUGCAGACGAAUGAAGAGAGGUUUGUGGAGAAGUGCUGCUACGUGGAAUACAAGCGCCUGAAAAAAGUGCUCAAAAGUUGCAGAAGAUGCAAAGCUAUCAAGGAUUUCUCUGAUGAUAACAAUGGUGAAGAAGGGGCUUUGUCUCAGUUCUCCCAAUACGACUCCUGCCCAUUGUGUGAUCAGAAAUUCUUCUCCGAAUUGAUGAAGGAGGCUUCCGAUAUAGCUGGAUGCUUUAGUUCACGAGUUCGACGCCUUCUCCAAUUUCACUUCAAUAGUGGGUUGCCCAAAUAUUUCACAUUUUUGCGUCAGUGUUUCGUUAGCCCACAGCAAGCCACAGCACAAGAGUGUCGAAUGCUGAUCGAAUACGUCAUGAUGAAUGCUGUAGCCAUGCGGAAAAUUCUCAAGAAGUACGAUAAAGUACACGGUACUGCGAAUGGAAGGAAGUUCAAAUCCAAAAUGCGGUCGGAGCAUAUGGAGAUUCUGCAGUCACCUUGGUUAAUCGAGCUUGGGGCUUUCUACAUGCAUUUUAACGAAUCGAAUGGUGGAAACUGUGACGGGCUACUUAAUCCGUUCUCGUUUGAUUUGAGUGAUACGCAGCCAAUGAUGACUUUGACUCUUCCGGAUUCUGUGAAAUUGGAAUACAGUCUAACUUGUGCGAUUUGUUUGGAGCUAGUGUUCAAUCCUUACGCCUUGGGUUGCGGGCAUCUCUUCUGUAAAUCAUGUGCUUGCUCUGCGGCUUCGGUUAUGAUAUUCCAAGGCCCUAAGUCUGCAAAUCAAGAAUCAAAAUGCCCUAUCUGCAGAGAGGCUGGGGUAUAUAGUAACGCAGUGCACAUGAUGGAAUUAGAUAUGCUCCUGAAGAAAGAUUGCAAGGAAUACUGGAAAGAGAGGAUGACCGCCGAACGAGCUGAGAUGGUGAAGCAAUCGAAAAUCUAUUGGGAGCAGCAAACAAAAUACAUGGUCGGAUAUUAAGCAUUGCAAUUUAUAAAUUGUUUCGAUAUUCUCUUGCAAUGAAAUGCAUUGUGGAAUAUAUUAAAUUAUUUGAUUUCUAUUUGAUGUUAAUGUAUGAGAGUCGUUAGAAUGUUACGGAUACAAACUAAAUUUUGCAGGAAAUCCCGUGUUUGUAUCACCAACCGGGACAAAAUUUGAAGAUUUCUAUGAAUUAAGUUUUCGUGUG